AUGGUUGCUAUCAAGGCUCUGACUGUUCUCGCCGUUGCUGGCACCAUCUCUGCUGCUCCCACUGCCACCGUCGGUGAGGCCCUGGUUCGUCGUGAGGCUUGGAACGGCAACUGGCGCGGCAAUUGGUCAUGGUCAUGGGGACGGCCUCACCAAGGCGGUGACGACUCCCAGCCUGCCGCACAGCCGUCUGCUACACCUGCAGCAUCCUCGUCUGUCCCAGUCGCCGACCAGACCCCGCCUCAAGAUACUGGCGACUCCUCUACUCCUUCGGCUCCCGCGUCAUCACCUUCGGCAGCUCCAUCCGCGGCACCUUCAUCUGGCGGUAGCAGCGGCGGCAGCGGCUACAUGGCCAUCGUCAACCAGUAUCGCGGCAUCAUGGGCAAGUCUGCCCUGACCGAGAGCAGCCAGCUCCAGGCCAACGCUCAGAAAACUGCCGACGACUCUGGUGGCCAGCUCAAGCACGAGCUCAACCCUGGCUCCAUGGCUCAAGUCCUCGCUCCUGGCGAUGCCAGCAACUUCGAGUCCGUCUUUGUCGGCGGCUGGCUCUGCGAGGUACCUUCCUACCUGGGCUCUGACUCUAGCAUUUGCAACACCAUGUCUCAGGGUUGGAACCACGCCGGCCAGACCGGUCACGCCGACAUUCUCUCCAGCGACAGCUACCACAACAUUGGCUGCGCCCUCGGCGACGGCAUCUGGGCUUGCGACCUUUCAUAA